CUAGCCGUCGCCUUGUAACAAUACGUGCGGGUACGCUCUGAGCCUACCACGAACUACGAAAUAAUACAGUGUUUAGUGCCAUCAGAUCCUCUAUAGAAAAGAUAAAUUGAACGGGUAGUGAUUACGAAUAAUGGUUAAUAAUAAACGCCGUGAUGGCGGCUGAGUGAGCUUGUGAAAGUGAUUCGACUUAAGACGGACUUUGUGGACAACUCUUAUUGUUCAAGAAAUGUGACGGUUUCCCACCCGGAAUCACUUUCGUUAAAAUGUCUCGUGCAAUGAAUAAAGUGCCACCCGAUGGGGGGUACGGAUGGGUCGUCACUUCCGCCUACGCGUUAAAUAAUGUGGUGGUACUGCCUCUUAUAGUAAGCUUCGGCUUGGUCUUUCAAGAAGCCUUUGAUGAAACUGACUUGUCUGCAACACAGGGGAGCCUCGUUAUCGUCUUAAACCAUGGAAUCGGAAUGCUUCUGUCAUUUUUCGGAGGACCCGUACUUUAUCGCUUUGGGUACAGAAAAGUAGCAGUUGUCGGGGCUUUAUUGGUCUCAUCCGGCCUUAUAUUAACUGCCCUUGCGACCAACUUCUGGCUGUUUAUAAUCUCUUACAGUAUUAUUAAUUCUAUGGGGGUUGCAGCAGUUAUGGCAGCCUUUUCAUUAGCAAUAAAUUCGUACUUUAAAGAAAAAAGAGCACGAGCUGUUGGCAUUGGCAUGUCCAUAACAGGAUUAGGAGCUAUUUUUAUGCCAUUACUAAUGAGCGUUCUUAUUUAUACGUACGGUUGGAGAUACGCCGUUCUAAUUUUAAGCGCAAUAUGUCUUCAUUCCCUCCUAGCAGCAUGUUUACUUAGACCGGCUAAGUGGUACUUAAAAGAUCCCCAAAUAUCAGAAGAAAUGGUUCCAUUAAACAAAGAUCUUAGCAUAGAGCUAGUAAAUGGCAGCUUUACGACAUCGUCUAAACAAGGAAUUCAUUCACUGCCUAAAUUAGACGAAUCUAUUGAAAAUGGUCUACCACCACCCAAAAGUGUUUCUAUGCGAGCUUUAAGUGGUUCUAACGGUAUUAUCAAUAGGAAUGCGAUUUCGCAUCCCGAUAUACGAAAAGAAACAUACGAAAUGCCUCUUGCCGAAUCCAAAUAUAAGUGGUGGGAAUCUCAAGAAAUUAAUUUGGGUAGCUCCAUAAAUAUAUUCAAUGAAACAGAAUAUGAUAAAAAGGAGAAAGAAUUAACAAAAGACUUGUCUGAAGAAAAAAAAUCGAAAGGAUUUGUACAAAAAUUUAUAGAUUUCUUCGAUCUAACUCUUCUGAAAGAUCCAAUAUUUAUAAAUAUACUAAUAGGGUUAUCAUUGGCUUCGUGCGUCGAAAUAAACUUUUCCCUGUUGCUGCCUAUUAUACUCAAAGAUAUGUUGAAUUUUGAGACGUCCGAUAUUGCUAAGAUUAUGGCCGUAAUAGGGUUCUCCGACACUCUGUUUCGGCUUGUAUCAGCGUUCAUCGGAGAGUGGUGUCACAGGCCUCCUCGAGUUAUGUACCUAGUAUGCCUGAUGAUAAUCAUCUUCACGAGAACAAUAAUGCUGUUCACGACGACGUUUAGCGGCAUGCUCUUUGUAGCGUUCUUGAUAGGAGUGACUAAGGGUAUACGAACCGUGUACAUGAAUAUCAUAAUCCCGAAUUAUGUGCCUCUGGAGCGGCUGCCCUUCGCUUCUGGAAUUCAAAUGCUCUGUAAUGGGAUCGUUAUAACCACCAUCGGUUCACUCUUAGGUCGCUUCCGUGACUUGUCUGGAUCUUACAGGAUGCCCAUAAUUAUUCUGAAUUUUGUUACGUUUUUAACAAUCAUCUUGUGGAGUGCAGAGUUUAUCUACUUCAGGAUAAAGAACAGAAAUAAUUAACAAAUAUCUGAAUAGAAUGAUUUAUUGUUGGAUGUUACAUUAGCUU